AUUCCAUCGCCAUAAAACAGCCCAUCUCCGGCCCGGUUCGCUUAUGAACGGUUGAUAUUUUCCCGGUUCAAGUAAACAUGAUCCCAAAGCCCUUCUGGGUCAUCGCCGCUUUCGGGUUGAUCUCGAUGAACGUUCAGGUCGAUGCCACGCAAUGGCACGCAAAGCAGGUGCUUCAGUUCUUCCGUCGUGUCAGGCUGGACAAAACGAAGAAUCCCGUCUACCAAAGCGACGUCUUGCGCGGCAUUCGGACGCAUCUGCGAGAGCCGCUCGUACAGAAAGCCCUUUGCUUACCCAAGGGCACCAAGCUUUCGGCGGACUGUCUCAACCGAAUGGUGGACAAAGCGAGACAGAACGAGAACAGAUUUUACGCCAAGUUCACGUACGCGUGCAAACGAUUCGCGGAAUACUCUGCUAGCUGCCUCGAGACCGCCCGGCCCUUGUACUACCGGAGCCUUGCGGUGCUCGCUAAUCAAACCGAAAAGUGCUGGAAAGCGUAGGCACCUGAAGCGAUAUCCGCGGAAAAGCACCGACCCGAGGAAAAUAAAUUCACAGAAAUAAUUACACAAUUUCCAAAAAAGAAAACUUAUACCGUUUCG